AUGGGGUGCGAAUACAGAAUGGGACCAGCGGGAUGUGACUGGCCUCAAGCACACAAUCUCAAUGUGUUUUCUUUGGCAGCUUGGGCGCUAGUGGAUCUUAGGAUGGAGGACUCUGUAGAGGUUUACAUGGAUGAGUCUGCAGAGAUCCCCUGCCUGUACGCCUUCACUGAGAAGCCCAUGAUGGUCAUGGUCCAGUGGUUUGUGCGGGAACAUGAAGGUCACCGGGUCAGGAUCUCCUACAGCGACCUGACCAUGCAGAAGGUGGACGAGAACACGAGCUACAGCAAUCGUAUCAGUGUGCGAUCAAACAGUGAUGGAGAAACUCUGACCAUUCAGGACGUUAAGCUGUCUGAUGAAAGAGAGUUUUUCUGUCAGGUCAGUGGUUUGGCAGCAGGCAAUGGAGAGGGCAGGACUCUCUUGAAGGUUUUUGACCCCCCAGAGCCUCCUGUCAUUGACGGUGUCCUCUCUGGAGUUUCUGUGUCCGGUGACUCCCCAGCUAAGAUUGCAUCUUGUGAGACCAGAGAAGGCUUUCCCAAGCCAAAUAUCACAUGGUACCGUGAUCACAUCCUCAUCCACCCUAUUAAUGGCUUGGCGAACGUGGUAACGCUAGUGACGAAGGAAUCCAGUGGUCUAUAUACAGUGCAGAGUGAAUUGCAUUAUAAGGUGACCAAGGAAGACAAAGACGCCCACUUUUCCUGUGAAGUCAGCUAUUUUGUCCCAGGAGCUGUCAGGACAUCCGAGUCCAAAGGCAUCAAUAUUACAGUUCAUUACCCCACGACCAGCGUGGAGAUAUGGAAAGAAUCGCCCGAGGGCUUGGUCAAAGAGGGGGACACAGUGGAGAUCCGUUGUCAAGGCGAUGGGAACCCCCCAGCACCCAUCAUUUUCAACCAAGAACAAUCAGAUGUGGAGCUGGAUUCCUCUCAGGGGUUGCUGGUUCUGAAGGAAGUGUCUCGUGCAGAUAGCGGUGUGUAUGAAUGUCACUCUCUGGAUGUGGAUGCUGUGAACCAUGAUGAGGUGUUAGACACCCUACAGCUCUCUGUGCACUAUCUGGACCCAGCUGUGGUGGUGCCCAAAGACUCUGAGGUCAUGCUGAAAGGAGAGAGUCUGACAGCCACCUGCAAUGCCCUGUCGUCUUUAGAGACGUCUACUGUGUGGUUUAAGGAUGGGAUUGAGGUUGGAAGGGGACACUUAAUCCAGCUGCAGGAUGCCACGUUUGACACAUCUGGACAGUAUGACUGUGAGGUGACUGUACCGUCUCUUCCAGGCCUGCUGACUAGCGGUUCUGUCCAUAUUAUCGUACAGGGCGCCCCUCAGAUGAAGGAUGCGGAGAGGGAGAUUGAGCUGACGGAGAAAGUCGGGGGUUGGGUGAAUUUGAGCUGUGAGGUGGGAGGUUACCCUAGACCCGCCAUCACCUGGAGCAUCACUGGCAGUCAGUCUCAGAGCUGGCGUGAGGUGGUUAAAAGAGAGACGGAGGAUCAAGUCCACAGCGUUGUGAUGCUUAAAGUUACCACUGACAUGGUUGCUGUCUGCAAUUCAACAAAUGACUUUGGAAUAGAGACCAAGACUUACAGCAUCAGGAGCAGUACGUGUUAA